AUGGUGUCAAAGUGCCUUUCCUCUACAUUCAGCGACGUCGACAACAAUUCAGAACUGAUUAGGGCAGAUAGAGAUAGUUAUGAAACUGAUGGAAAAGAAAUUGUUAAACCUCUUCUGUCCGAUGGGUGGGAGAAUGUUUUUGAUGAUCCGAACAAGCUUUUUCGUGGUGGUGUUUAUGCUGUUCGGUUGGCCUGUCAAAAGUAUUGUUUGAAGACUGGGUAUCGCGUAACAAAGGAUAAAAAGUAUGUUGGGAGGCACACUUGUGGAGCUGGUGUGAAGUUGAGAAGUCUAAAGUAUCGAAGAAGCUGGUACAACAACCUUAUUCAUGAUCGUGUGAUGCACAACCCACUUAUCAAGCCUCGCGAAAUUGAAGAUUAUAUAAAAGUUGGUGCUGGUGUUAAUAUCAAAUAUCACCAUGCAUAUCAUGGUUUGGAGCGGUCACAUCAUGAAAUUUUUGGGAAUGAUGUAAAGUCUUAUUCUGAUCUGGUUUGGUGGGUGAAUUCAUUGAAAGAAACAAAUCCUGGCUCUUAUGUGGAUUUUCAGUUUAACCAUGCAACUCAGACAUUUGAAAGGUUAUUCAUUGCAAUAGGCGCUUGUAUUGAAGGUUUUUAUCCGCUAGCCUUUGCAUUGGUCCCAGGAGAGGAUGUUGACAAUUGGGAUUGGUUUAUGUGCAAUCUUAGCAACAUUGUCGAUGACCGUCCUAUCACCUUUAUGUCUGAUCGUCAUGAAGGAUUGUUGAGGGCUAUUCCUAAACACUUUCCUACUUCCCAUCAUGGCUAUUGUUACUACCACUUGCAAGGAAACUUACCAAUCAGGAAAUCGGACGAGAAGUACAAAGAAGUUAUGGCUUGUUUCAAAAAAGCAACUUAUGCUCUCACACCAGCAAGAUAUGAAGAAGCACUAAUAGAAAUGGAGUUAAUGGGAAGGCCUGGGGUUGCUGAGUCCUUCAAUAAUUGGGUGUUCUUUUUGUUCCAUUCAUAG